AUGGGCCGCCCCGCGACGGAGGCCCUGCGCUGCGUGGCCGGGUUUUUCAAACACGCGAUCCCGCGGAAUCCGGGGCAAAGGGUGUUCGUCUCCGACCUCCGUUGGGCCCUCGCGAUCGGCGCGGAGCUCACCGCGGGGGAGUACCUCCGACGUCGUCUCACGCGCGCCGCGCCGCUGCCGCUGAUCGUCUCCGCCUGCCCGGGGUGGGUGUGCUACUGCGAGAAGCAGGGCGGCGCGCUGCUCUCGCGGCUGAGCCCCUUCCUCUCCCCUCAAGGGAUCGCCGGGUCGCUGGUGAAGCGCGGCCUCGACGCCACCUGCUACCACGUCUCCAUCCAGCCGUGUUUUGAUCGGAAGUUGGAGGCCGCCCGGGAUGGCGGGUUCUGGACCAACGGAACGAAGGAAACAGUCGCGCCGGAAGAAGAAGGGAAAGAGAACGAGAAAGGGGAAGGGGAAGAAGCGGGGGGGGAAAAGGUGCCCUACACGGAUUGCGUGUUGAGCACCGCGGAGCUGCUGGAGUGGAUGCGCGAGGUCGACGAAACGCUCCCCUGGCGAGCCCCGCUCGACUCCGAGGUCGACCCCGCCCUGGAGGGGGGGCGGAACCCCACGAACGAAACCCUCGCGCGCGUCGAAGGCAGCGGCGGGUAUCUCCACCAGGCGAUGCUGAAGGCGUGGCGCCAUGCCGUCGCGGAGGCGGAAAAGGACACCGGCGAUCCCGCGGGAUCCCCCUCGACGCCGGUCUUUGAGUACGAAACGAAGCGGAAUCGAAACCACCAGCUCGUGCGCUGCGCGGCGCUCCCGGAGGAGGUUUUCUGCGUCGCCUAUGGAUUUCAGCAGAUUCAGAACAUCGUGCGGGGGCUCAAGAAGAACCUCCCGGCGGUGCGUUCCUACACGUUUAUUGAGAUGAUGGCAUGCCCAGAUGGUUGUCUGAACGGCGGCGGGCAGAUUCGUCGAUCGCCGCACACGCCGCAAAACCACGAGGCAACGCUUCGCGCGGUGGAAGGCGUUUUUGAGGAGUUUUUGAUGAAUCCAGAGCACGUCUCGGGAAGUUGUUUGGAGAAUGGCGAGGGGGGUGAGGCGAAUUGUGGAGAUUUCAAAGAAGAAGAAUCGCAUUCUGGAAAUUUGGCGAAAAAAGACUCGACGGAAGCUCCAAAGUGGGAUCACGCGACGUCGUCUUGCCAGCAGAAUGGGAUUCACGCCCCCGCCUCGACAGGGGAGGGGGAGGGGGCUGCUCCUGCGGAAAAGCCUCUUUUCUCGCAAAAAUUUGCGAGAGAGAUACUGGAGCGCGUCGGCCUGGAUGCGGUGCGGUGUGUAUUCGUUGAUCGGCAGAAAGAUUUUGAAGAGAUGCUUAACAAAGGCAACAUUCAAAGUCUAAAAUGGUGA